AUGAAUCUUAAGCUGCUCUUCAAAACAGCUGUACUUUCCUUAAAGCUUUUCUCAGACAACAGCAAAGCUGCUUGCUUGUAUCUCAUGUUAUUGAGGCUUUAAUAAUUGAUCCACAAACGGCCAGUUUCCAGGAGUUCGGGACACAUGGAUCGGUUCUGGCAGAGAGCGAGUAUGAACUGAGAAUGCUGGCUGUGUUCAAUCACGUCUUGGAGGAAGUGGAAAACUUAAGCAGGAAGCACCCUCCUGUCUCUUACCUGCACACUGGCUGCCUGUGCGAUGCCGUCAUAGCCAUCUUGAAGGUACCACUGUCGUUCCAGAGAUAUUUCUUCCAGAAGCUUCAGUCCACCAGCAUUAAACUUGCCCUCUCUCCAUCUCCUCGCACCCCCAACGAGCCAAUCCCAGUGCAGAACAACCAGCAGUUGACUUUAAAGGUGGAGGGGGUGGUGCAGCAUGGCUCCACUCCGGGACUGUUCCGGAAGAUUCAGGCGGUCUGCCUUAAAGUCAGCUCUACUCUACAGACUAAACCAGGAUCAGACUUCAAGAUUCCUCUUGAUUCCAAGACCAAUGAGAUUGAGCAGAAAGUGGAGCCUCAUAAUGAUUACUUCAGCACACAGUUCCUGCUCAACUUUUCCAUCCUGGGCACACACAUGGUCUCUGUUGAAGCCUCAGUUGUUGACAGCAGCGGGAUCGAAUGGAAGACAGGACCAAAAACCACUGUGUCAGUGAAGUCUCUGGAAGACCCUUAUUCCCAGCAGCUGCGACAUCAGUUACAGCAGCAGCAGCAGCAGACGACGACCACGACGACGACCGGGCCUCAGCCGGGACCCCAGAGGAACAUCCUUGCCCGCUUCCAGUGACCUCCAACUUCAUCGACUGCCUGUAUUUUACUCAUUCAUAGACUUUCUUUUGUGUUCUUCAGUGGUUUGAGUGAGUGAGUGAGUGAAUGCUAUCUCUUUGUUUAAUAAUAAAUAGGCUCUUCUGUUGUAUUCUUCCAUAAGUCUCUGUGUAAAUGUGUAGUAAAAUAUCUUUACUAAAAUACUAUUUGUCUUUAA